UGGCGCGAAAUAAACAAAAGUGACCAAAAAGUGUGCGUUGCAGCUGGCAAAAGUGCAUUGCGUUUUGAAAAACUGUUCUAAUAUCCAAUAUAAUUGCAAUUUUUACACACAAGAAAGUAAAUUUUUGAGAAAAUGCCGCGUCGAGAUUAUGUACAAGAUAAGGAAUCAAUUAAGACCUUUCUGUCCGAGUUCUGCAAAGAGGAUGACACCGGGAAAAAGCAAUUUGUUUACGCACAUCAACUUGUGAAAAUUGCCCAUCGCGAACAAAUACUUAUCACAAUAGAUCUCGAUCAUGUAUCAGAAUUCAAUGAAGAGCUUACAGAAGCCAUUAUUUCCAAUUGCCGACGCUAUCAAGCGAUGUUCAGUGACGCUAUUGUCGACCUUCUGCCCAGCUUCAAAGAACGCGAGGUUCCAGCCAAGGACGCCUUGGAUGUUUACAUCGAACACC